AAUGAGGGCACAAUUAGUUAUUACUCUAGAAUUUAGGUAUCCACACUAGGGAUGGAUAAAAAAGAACAUGUCCUUAUUAUAGGAUGAAAGGUUGGUUCUUUAUGUCCCUAGAAAUUAUAAUGAAUUAAGUGAAUACUUCAAUGAUACGGGUGAAAGAUUUAUGGAAAGUAAAAAUGAUGUGGAAACUAAAUCUAUACGUAGACAACAAAUGCAGAAUAAAUACUCAUACAUUAAAUAGUAAUAAAAUUGUUAUCAUUUAUUUGAUGCUGAAUUCUAAGAUUUUAAAAGUAACAAAGUAAGGAAAUAUUAUUCAAAAGCCUUAUUAAAAGAAGCCUUAGAGUCUCAUGAUGCCAAGCUACUUCAAUAAGUAAGAUAGUGGAAGAUUAAAUUAAAUUUUAGAUUACAGUUGAUGGAUAGAUAAUGUGGGUGUUGGAGGCAAUAGUGAAAAGGUUAAUUCUUAUAUUUUGUGUGCAAACUACUCUUCCUUUGAUAUUGAAAAUU